AUGGAUUUGAUGAUUGUUCUUGCUGUUUUUGUAUCUUUGCUUGCUCACCCACUUCCCCUUGGGGCUCAUCCAACAAAACCCAUCUCUCGGAUCGCGAUAGUUGGUGCUGUUUUUUGUGAUAUCUGCUCCAACAACACCCUCUCAAGGCACAGCUACUUCUUGCCAGGUGUCGAGGUUCAAAUUCAAUGCAAAUUAAGGGUAAAUUCAGCUAGAACCAAUGAAGAGAUCAACUUCUCGGUCAAUAGAACUACUGGUAAACAUGGGGUUUACAAGCUUGAAAUACCAUCUGUUGAUGGAAUUGACUGCAUAGGAGGUCACACAAUGCAGACUCUUUGCCAGGCAAAGUUGAUUGGGAGCUCAUCAUCAGCCUGCAAUGUUCCUGGCUUGAAGACGACGACUAAUGCCAUCUCGGUGAAAUCAAAACAGGACAACCUCUGCAUCUUCAACUUGAAUGCUUUGAGCUACAGACCAUCCAAGAGGAACACCACAAUUUGUGGAGAUCAAACACAGGAAUUGCCAAAUGACUUAAAUUCUGCAAAAUUCUUUCUGCCUUGCUUUCCACCAUUUGGCUUCCCUUGGCCUUCUUUACCUCCCCUACCUCCUCUGCCUCAGCUACCGCCUCUGCCUCAGCUACCUCCUCUGCCUCAGCUACCUCCUCUGCCUCGGCUACCUCCUCUGCCUCGGCUACCUCCUCUGCCAACAUUGCCUUUUCCCUUUUCCCCAUUGCCCCCAUUUCCAUCACUUCCAUUUCCUCCAUUACCAUUCAAAACACCACCAUCUCUACCCUUCCCUUUCCCUCCAACCCCACCUCUCUCCCUUCCUCCCCCUCCUCCGCCUGCGUUCAACUGGGGAGACCCCAGAACGUGGAUACCACACAUACCUUCCCUGUCUCCCCCUCCCCCACCAGCAUUCAACUUGGGAGACCCCAAAACUUGGACACCCUACAUCCCUUCACUAACCCCUCCUCCUCCACCAGCAUUCAACUUGGGAGACCCCAAAACUUGGACACCCUACAUCCCUUCACUAAACCCUCCUCCUCCAGCAUUCAACUUGGGAGACCCCAAAACUUGGACACCCUACAUCCCUUCACUAAACCCUCCUCCUCCAGCAUUCAACUGGGAAGACCCCAGAACUUGGAUUCCCUACUACUACCCUCCAUCCCCUCCUACCAGCCCUCAGAACCAGCACCCCUGAUCUCAUAAUUUCUUGUGUCAAAGCAUGUAAUUAAUAUGGUAUUCAUGGUUAAUACUAGAGAAUUAUGUACUUUAUUCAAUUUGUUUUCUCAUUUUAUAACAAUAAGAAAAAUAAAUAAAUUUCCCAAGA